GGCCUAGUAUCCGUACUGUGUAGCGUAUUCUUCCGUGCAUAGUCUGUUCACUACAUUAUUUCACCUACAUCCUAUGCAGACUGAUAUACGUACUUCGAUCGUGUGUACAUAAUAAGAGUGUCACCCCUUGUGUUUAUCUCAUUUAUUGAUCACUUGGUACACACUGCUCUCAUCUUUCAUUGUACGCUCAUAAUAGCGGGAAAUGAGAACGGCAGUCACAUGGACAUGGUGUCGCAACGCUGCAGUGUCAAUAUUGUAAAACCGAAAUAGCAACAGGUCGGCUAUAAACUGGGCUGUUUCGAUCUGCUCUGAACCUAAUUGGUGAUAGUUAUGAGUGUGUAUGCAUCUGAAGAUAUGAUUUGCGUUUAUGAUUGACUCAUCUUGAGAUGUCCAACCGAUCAAACGCACAUGCACAUUAAACAUGGAGCAAAGUCGGGCACCCCUCAACGUGAACAACAACAUGGCUGAGCAUCCCGUAAGGAAGAUGGACGCCAUACCGCCCGUCAAGUAUUCCUCUACCUUGCCGCAUCCCAGGAAGGGUGUGUGGGGCGCAGGGAGCAGGCUCAUCCCCAGUCUGACCACAGGCAAGGAACUGAGACAGGAACAUGAGUUCAUGGUGCAGAACUGCAGCAGCACUGAAGAGAAGGUCACCUGCCAAUUGAAGAUGCUGCGAAGAGAAUUGAAGGCCAUGCGAAUGCAGGACCAGUUGCUACUGCGACAGCUUCUACGUAUCUAUGCAAUGAUAAACGAUAUCUAUGGCAACGUCCACGGCCUGUCGCCUAGCAACCAGCACAAGGCGCCGAUCAUGCCCGACGAGGUUACCGACCUUCUCACUCAAUCCGGGCACUUGGACAUCCGGGACAUUGUGAGUCGGUUAUCGCCACUACGGAGGCGGAGGGGUAGCGACCCUGAGACCGUGUACGGUGACGUCACCGCUAUCCUGGAUUCCGAGGAGUCUGAUGUCGACGAUGUAUUCAGCAUGUCCUGUCCCAUCUUCAUCUGACACUGCCUCAUAUUGCAACGGAUCUGUUUUUCAACCCCGUUCCAUCGAAGAAGCUCGACGGAGCGCAAAAUGCACAAGGAUUUACAGCAGAUUGAAGUGCGUAAUGAAACCACGGUUGUUACCUGCUCCACUUGGUUGACAGACUCCAGUAUAUACUCGUGGGACUUCAAAGUGCAUUUCUGUGCAUCGCUUCAUCACCAGAAGAAGCCAUAAUUACGAGGAUCAAGAAUAUUUGGUUAAUUCAACAUGAAUAGUUUUUGAACCGGUAUUUUUUAAUGGUCUUAAACUAUUAGAGAUGUACUGUCCGCGCUCUUAAAAGGUAAUUACAACAUUUGCAAACAUCAAAAAAUAAAACUACCAAAUCAUUUUGAAAUACCUUGCUGAACUGUUAGUGAAUGACAGUGUAAAGCAUCCUGUAAAAUCAUGGCA